UGCGUCAUCACCUCAGAACCCGGAAGCGGGUGCAGAUCCAGGUUUCUGCGCACUCAGGUUUUUCCAGCAGCGCUGUUGUGAUUCUGAGGACCUCCUGUCAAAAAUGUUGAAGGCAGUUAUUUUAAUCGGAGGACCCCAGAAAGGCACCAGGUUCCGGCCGCUGUCCUUCGAGGUGCCCAAACCCCUGUUCCCUGUAGCCGGGGUCCCCAUGCUGCAGCACCACAUCGAAGCCUGUGUCAAGGUUCCAAAUCUGAAGGAGAUUCUCCUGAUCGGCUUCUAUCAGCCAAACGAAGAACUCAACAGGUUCUUGUUCAGUGCGCAGCAGGAAUUUAAAAUCUCCAUCAGGUACCUGCAGGAAUAUGCGGCGCUGGGCACGGGGGGCGGCAUCUACCACUUCAGAGACCAGAUUGUGUCUGGGAGUCCAGAGGCUUUCUUCGUGCUGAAUGCGGACGUCUGCUCGGCGUUUCCCCUCGCAGAGAUGCUCCGCUUCCAGAAGGAGCACGGCGAUCCCGGCAGCUCUGUGAUCCUCGGAACCACAGCAAACAGGAAGCAGUCCAUGAAUUACGGCUGCAUUGUGGCAAAGGAGGAGACCAGCGAGGUGCUGCAUUACGUGGAAAAACCCAGCACGUUCGUGAGCGACAUCAUCAACUGUGGCAUUUACCUGUUUCAUCCGGAGAUCUUCCAGCACAUCGGAGCCGUUUUCCAGAAGAACCAGCAGGACAUGUUGCUAUUUCCAUUUGAUGGAGAGGAGCCGACCAACGGCUGGCACCGAGCGGAGGUCAUCCGGCUGGAGCAGGACAUCUUCACGGCUCUGGCGGGACAGGGCAAACUCUACGUUUACAAAACGCUGGGCUUCUGGAGCCAGAUCAAAUCUGCAGGGUCUGCUAUUUAUGCAAGUCGGCUGUACCUGGACCAGUACCACAUCACCCAUCCUGAGCGGCUGGCCUCCAACAAGGCGGGAGGACCCAAAAUCAGCGGUAACGUCUACAUUCAUCCCACGGCCAACAUUGAUCCCACCGCCGUGCUGGGACCCAACGUGUCCAUCGGUACCGGAGUUAGCAUUGGUGCCGGGGUCAGAGUCCGAGAAUCCAUCAUUCUCCAUGGUGCAACUCUGCAGGACCACUGUUGCGUUCUGAACAGCAUUGUGGGAUGGGACAGCACCAUUGGCAAGUGGUCGCGGGUCGAGGGGUCUCCAAGUGACCCCAACCCAAACGACCCGUUUGCAAAAAUGGACAGCGAGACGCUCUUCAGGGACGGAAAGCUCACACCGUCCAUCACCAUUCUGGGUUGUAACGUAUCGAUUCCCUCCGAGGUGAUCGUACUGAACUCCAUCGUCCUCCCACACAAAGAUCUCAACCGCAGCUUCAAGAACCAGAUCAUCCUCUAGCUCCUCCUCCUCCUCCUCGACGAAGAACGCUGCUGUUCACACUUUUUGUACAUAAGAUGAAUCUGAAGAGUUUUUGAAGAACUAUUUUUAGUUCACAGGUUUUGGGUGUUAACACUGAUCACUUUUUAUGAACUUCCAUGGGUCAAGCACACGCUGCUGGAUUUGUUACUGAAUGAAGAAGAGAUUUUUUUUUUUCCAAGGUUUUUUCGGACGAUCCGGACUUUUGCUCAAACUGAAGUCAUCAGAAAAUAAAAAUCACUUCCCACAACUGUGGCUAAUUUUUGAAGGUGAUGAUUGUUGCUGGGCUCUGAUUGAAAGCUUUCAGCUGCUUCAUUAUGGGCCUCAGAGCGGCGCCUGAAUGCAUCAGCGGGGGGGAAAUUUAAACUGCAAUCAAGUGACGCUGGCUUUUAAAACGAGCCCCUCGCCAGGAUCCACACACUUCACGUUUUUGCGUUUGCAAUCACUGCAGACGCUGUUCUUAUUUAUUAAUGCAGCACAUUAGGGUUCACUUAUUAAAGCCGCAGUCUCUCUCAGUUAA